AUGAGCUCACUUUUCUUUAUGUCUUUUUUGGAUUUGAAUAUCGUUUAUUUUCAAGUAAGGCUUGGAGUCCUAGCCAAUAUGUUUCUUCUUGUUUUCUAUAUUUUCAUAAUCCUAGGUCACAGAUCUAAGCCCAUGGACCUGAUCUCCUGUCAACUAACUUUUGUUCAUAUAAUGAUGUUUCUUGCUGGAGAGAAUUUUUGGCUUGCAAACAUACUUGAGUCACUGAAUGUUGAGAAUAACUUCAAAUGCAAGGCAACUUUUUACACAAAGAGGGUGAUGAGAGGCCUCUCUAUCUGCAUCACCUGUCUCCUGAGUGUGUUACAGGCUGUCACGAUCAGUCACAGGAACUCUUUAUUGGCAAAAUUUAAAAAUAGACUAAAAAAAUACAUCAUCACUGUUUUAUUUUAUAUUUGGUUUUUCAAUUUUUCCUUUAGUACUAACCUGAUCUUUUAUGUUGGUGGUUUUACCAACAUGAGUGAGACCAACCAGUUGAAGGUCACUAAUUCCUGCUCACUCUUCCCCAUUAACUACAUCAUCAGGGGCUUGAUUUUAACAGUGACAACCUCUAGAGAUAUGUUUCUUGUAGGAGUCAUGCUGACUACAAGCACAUACAUGGUGAUUAUCUUGUGCAGACAUCAGAGGCAAUGCAAGCAUCUUCAUAGCAUCAGCCAUCUGAGAGCAUCCCCUGAGAAAAGGGUCACCCAGACCAUUUUGCUGCUGGUAGUUUUCUUUGUGGUCAUGUACUGGGUGGACUUCAUCAUCUCAUCCACCUCAAUCCUGUUAUGGAUGUAUGACCCAGUCAUCAUGAUUGUUCAGAAAAUUGUGGUAAACGCUUAUCCCACAAUUACUCCCUUGAUACAAAUCAGUUCUGAUAAGAGAAUUACCAAUGUGAUGAAAAAGUUGCAGUCUUAG